GCAGGAAGAGUCACUUCCGCCACAGAAAGCAACAAGCUAGAGAGCAGACAGACGCUCCUCCGGCACCGUGCAGGUUUUCUGCGGUGUCUUAUUUAUCGGCUCAAGUCACUAGUUCAUGUUACCGCCAGGCUCGACGGAGCAUGAAUUUAUCUGAAUUAGAGACUUUGAAGAGCCUAGCCGGACUGACAGCUAACAUUAGCUAACGUUGGAAGUGUCUGGCGGUGCAUUAGCUACCAGACGGUGCUCCUUCCUGUUCUUCGACAGGUCAGAGAGAGAGAGAGGGGGACAACAAUGCUGCAGCUCGGAGAUGAAGUCACCCUGUACUCGGUCGUCUUCGUGCUCGUCCUGCUGGGGACCCGGAGCCCGCUGUGGACGACCGGCCUCACCGCCUCCCUCUACCUCUUUAUGGCUAUGUUCCGGUUCCCCCAGGUACCGAGCAGCCGGGCCCAGCAGGUGCUGCACCCGGCCAAGGGCACGGCAGGCUCCGACAAAGUUUCAGUGGUAGCUCACCGGGGCGGUGGGCACGACGCACCGGAGAACACGCUGACAGCCAUCCGGGAGGCCAGUAAGAAUGGGGCGACAGGCGUGGAGUUGGACCUGGAGUUCUCAGCAGAUGGCAUCCCGAUACUGAUGCAUGAUGAGACUGUGGACAGGACCACCAACGGGUCAGGACCACUCAGCCAGUUCACACUGUCCGAGCUGGGUAAACUGGAUGCAGCAGCUAAACAUCGGCUCAGGGACAAGUUUGCCGGAGAGAAGAUCCCAACUCUGGAGGAAGCCGUGGAGGAAUGUAUCAGACUGCAGCUCAUCAUCUACUUUGAUGUCAAAGGUCAUCCGGACGAGGCAGCUGCUGCCCUUAAAGAACUGUAUAAAAAACAUCCAGUCCUCUACAACAGCAGCAUCGUCUGCUCCUUUGAGCCCAAAGUCAUCUACAGGAUGAGACAAAGUGACCCAGAAGUGGUCACAGCAUUGACCCACCGCCCGUGGAGCCUGAGUCGGCUCGGCGAUGGAACCCCGCGUUUCUCGUCGCUGUGGCAACACCAUUGGUUCACGCUAAUGGACAUGGUUUUGGACUGGGCGCACCAUCACAUACUGUGGAAGCUGUGUGGCACCUCGGCCUUCCUCAUACAGAAGAACUUUGUCUCACCGGACUACGUCCAGUACUGGGCCCAGAGGAGGGUGGAGGUGGUAGCCUGGACAGUCAACACAAAAGUUGAGAAAGAGUAUUACCAGGAGCUGCUGCAAGUCAACUACAUCACAGACAGCCUGGUGGAAGACUGUGAACCCCAUUACUGAGAAACACAUGAAACCAGCACGUGACGCGUCGACACACAUAAACAUUAAAAGCAAUCAUAUGAACGGAACAUUUCACUGUCUACUCAUCUCCCAUAAUGUGGCAUCAGGUAAGGGAACAUGUGCCACACUUUUAUUCCCACACACUCUUUGAUUUCUGUGAGUGUGUGUGUAUGAGUGCAUGUUUAUUUGAGGCAGUGAAACAAGGUGCCAUACAAGAGGCCAAGUAAGAGACAUUUUGAGGCAUUUAAAGGCAUUCUGGUCUACAGUAAGUGUCGUCGAUAGACAUGAAUCAAACGUACUGUAUUCAACAACUCAGGACUGCAAUUAAGUUUUUUUUUUUCCCUUGCUAAUCUAGUCUGAAGUGAACGACCUGAAAAUGAUUCUUACUACUAACUGCUAAUAUAAAUAUUUUAUAACUGUAAUAUACAACAGGAACAGUUUGACACACAAAUAGUUUCAGCACAGUCCAAUGCAGGUUUAUAUUGCACAUACCCCACCCAGUCUAAUCAUCACACAGUAGAUUUAAUUUUGUUUUUAAAUGUUGUGAUCUUUGUUUGAGAAUCAUCAUUUGGUUCAUGCUGGUUGUCCUCACUGUAUCUGUAGAGCGGAUACCAGUGACAGCAGCACCGUCUCAGCUUUGUUCCAUCCCAUGUCACCUCAAGGUUAUAUGCACCUCUUAAGCUAAAAGACAAGGAGUUACUCUCAUUGUAACGCAGUAUAUGAGAAAACUAUAGGACAGUGCAGGGGAACAGUAAGGGAUGAAGUGUGGUACAGUAAACUAUAAAAUGGUACUGAGAACACUGCAGACGUGUAAGCAGAUGCACAAAUGUAUCUAACAACAUUAACAACAUCUCUGUUGCAUGUAGGUGUGAAAGUAAGAUGUGCCAGUUAGCCAGCACCUGCAGUGUCAGCAUGGUACGUACAUGGAAUACUACCAUUAUUAUUAAUGUUAAUCACAUGUGUUGGACAAUUUUAAUACACUAUUGUAGGAGUUUAAAAAAAUAAUAAGACCACUAUAAUACUGUUUAUAUGCUAUUAUCAACCUCAUCUACAUUUGAUCAGUGUUUAAUUGAAGAUGACUUGACAGCUUUAAAAUGAUUAUAAAUGAUUCAUGGUUAAAUGAGUGAAAAAAGUUAAAUGCUUAUCCCACAGUUGGUCUUAAAGUUGGAAUAAAUAAAUUCUGGCGAUUUGGA